AUGAUCUCACGCCAGCUGGCCACCGCUGCACUCGCUGCCGUUCUGCUGCGGUCUCUUGCUGUGCUGCUCAAGAAGUAUGUGCUCGAUCCCCUGCGCGAUCCCCUCGCUCGCCUUCAGCGUCCCCGUGCUGCUUGGUUCCAAGGUCAAUUCCGAUUACUCACAGACGCUCGACUCCUCGACAACUGGAAAAAGCUCUAUGGUCCCACCUUUGUCUACCAAAAGUCAGGUCGCCAUGACCUUCGUCUCAUCACCCUCGACUUCACCGCUGUCUCUCAUGUCCUCACCGAACCCUCCCUGUUCGGAAAGCCCGACUUGAACCGUUCCCUCUUCGCACACCCAGACGUCGUUCACCCCAGCUUCACCAACUUUGCGUCCCCCAUGCUCAACCGCAAACUCAUCACUCCCGCCUUCUCAGGAAGAUCCCUCAUGGCCAUGUCUUCCAUCUUCUUCCAGCGCGCAGAGGACCUCCGUGACUCUUGGCUCGCUGACAUAGACCGUUCCCCAACAGCUGCACACGGUACUAUGACCCUCGACGUCAUACCCCCCAUCAUUCAGACCACUUUCGAAGUCGUCAGCAACGCCUGCUUUGACACCCAGUCAAAUCGCGGCGACAACUCAGAAAACGGAAAGUCCGACGCUGCAGACCAUCAGAAACUCUUCCGUGCCCUUCAUCACUUGGCAGAACCCAUCUCUACAGACCACCUCACUUGGCGUCGCAGGUUCACCUCCCUCAUCCCCAACGGUGACCUCCUCUUCCCCUCAGACGCCAUCAAUCUCAUGAACUCCAUGCUCGAGGAUGUCGCUGAAAUCGGCCUCAAGCUCAUCCAAAGCAAAAAACAGGCCAUCAUCGCUGAAGCAAACGCAGGCAUGGGAGAAUCACAGGUCAAACCUUUGUUAAAUCUCCUAGUCAAAUCAAACAUGGCAGCAGAACCUACUAAACGCUUGUCCGAGCUUGAAAUUCUCGACCAGGUCGGAGGUAUCAUGAUCGCAGGCGGUGACACCGUCGGCGUCGCUCUCUCAUGGACCCUCCACCUUCUGUCCAUUCACCCAGAGAUACAAUCCCAACUGCGCGAACAGCUACUUGACAUCCCUCACAACGCAUCCGAAGUUAGCUUACUCAACACCCUCAGCGAGGUUCCCCUCCUCGACGCCGUCCUCAAAGAAGCGCUUCGCGUGUGUCCCCCCGUACACGGGUUAGUCCGCGGUGCCCUCGAGGAUACCAUGAUCCCUCUUAGCGAACCUAUCAUGGUAGGCGGCAAGGAAACGAGACACGUCGAGAUCCGCAAGGGUUCCGUCGUCCACAUCCCCAUCGAGGGUCUCAACUUGAGCGAAGACCUCUGGGGCCCAGACGCCGCCGAGUUCAGGCCCCAGCGUUGGCUAGACUGCGCGGGCGCAAGUCCGAUGGUGGGCGGUAUGAGAAAUCCGGGUCUGGAAAGGGUGAUGAGCUUCUCGUUUGGUGCGUUCGCGUGCCAGGGAUACCGUAUGGCGAUGCACGAAGCGAAAGUCGUGCUUGAUGUCCUCCUUCGCGCCUUUGUCUUCCGUCCGGCGGAAGGUAUCGAGAUUGGAAAGUGCCAGACGCUGUUUACGAUGCCCAAUGUGACCGGAACGCAGGGUCCGCGGUUACCGCUGGUGGUGGAGAAGUACGAGUGAUGGACAAAAGCACUCGCCGUCUUCGCGACGGGAAGCGAGGAGGUUAGAGCGAGGGCCAGAUGGCUUGUUAAUUACCCAAGUCGGAGCCAUACUGUUGUUAUGGGCAGUGUUAAUAUAAGAUUUAGAUUUAGUGCUCAGAAUCUUGGAGUUAAUAUUUUU